AUGGAGUCGAUAAAACAAAGGAUUUUGACCCCUGGCAAAGAGGGGCUGAAGAAUUUUGCUGGAAAAUCUCUCGGCCAAAUCUACAGGGUGCUCGAGAAGAAGCAGAAGACUGGGGAGACUAUUGAGCUGACCGAGGAUGGGAAGCCCCUGGAGGUGCAGGAGAAAAAGGCGCCACUCUGCGACUGUACCUGCUUCGGUCUGCCACGCCGCUAUAUCAUAGCUAUCAUGAGUGGCCUGGGCUUCUGCAUUUCCUUCGGGAUCCGCUGCAACCUGGGGGUGGCCAUCGUGGACAUGGUGAACAACAGUACCAUACACCGAGGGGGGAAGAUCAUCAAGGAGAAAGCCAAAUUUAACUGGGACCCGGAAACCGUGGGGAUGAUCCAUGGGUCCUUCUUCUGGGGUUACAUCAUCACUCAGAUCCCCGGAGGCUACAUCGCGUCCCGCCUGGCCGCCAACAGGGUUUUUGGAGCUGCCAUACUCCUCACCUCCACCCUCAAUAUGCUAAUCCCAUCUGCAGCUAGAGUGCACUAUGGCUGUGUUAUAUUUGUUAGGAUCUUACAAGGGCUUGUUGAGGGAGUCACCUAUCCUGCCUGCCAUGGGAUAUGGAGUAAAUGGGCCCCUCCUUUAGAAAGGAGCAGACUAGCAACCACUUCAUUUUGUGGUUCCUAUGCGGGAGCUGUGAUUGCUAUGCCUUUAGCCGGGAUUCUUGUGCAAUAUACUGGAUGGUCUUCAGUGUUUUAUGUCUAUGGGAGUUUUGGAAUGGUCUGGUAUAUGUUUUGGCUUUUGGUGUCUUAUGAGAGCCCUGCUAAGCACCCGACCAUUACAGAUGAAGAACGAAGGUACAUAGAAGAAAGCAUUGGAGAGAGUGCCAAUCUUUUAGGGGCAAUGGAAAAAUUCAAGACUCCAUGGAGAAAAUUUUUUACAUCUAUGCCAGUCUAUGCAAUUAUUGUUGCAAACUUCUGCAGAAGCUGGACCUUUUACUUGUUGCUUAUUAGUCAACCAGCUUACUUCGAGGAGGUCUUCGGAUUUGAGAUCAGCAAGGUGGGAAUGUUAUCUGCCGUGCCUCACCUAGUGAUGACGAUCAUUGUGCCAAUUGGAGGACAAAUUGCUGAUUUUCUAAGAAGCCGGCAGAUUCUUUCAACUACUACAGUGAGGAAGAUCAUGAAUUGUGGAGGCUUUGGCAUGGAAGCCACACUGCUGUUGGUCGUGGGCUAUUCUCAUACUCGGGGAGUAGCUAUCUCCUUCUUAGUGCUUGCAGUGGGCUUCAGUGGCUUUGCUAUCUCAGGAUUCAAUGUCAACCACUUGGAUAUUGCACCAAGAUAUGCCAGUAUCUUAAUGGGUAUUUCAAAUGGUGUUGGUACAUUGUCAGGAAUGGUUUGCCCUAUCAUUGUUGGUGCAAUGACAAAGAACAAGUCCCGGGAAGAGUGGCAGUAUGUCUUUCUGAUUGCAGCCUUAGUCCACUAUGGUGGAGUUAUAUUUUAUGGAAUCUUUGCUUCGGGUGAGAAACAACCCUGGGCAGAUCCUGAAGAGACCAGUGAAGAAAAGUGCGGCUUUAUUCAUGAAGAUGAACUUGAUGAAGAAACAGGGGACAUUACUCAAAAUUAUGUAAAUUACAGUACCACAAAGUCCUAUGGGGCAACAACACAGGCCAAUGGUGGUUGGCCCAAUGGGUGGGAGAAGAAAGAAGAAUUUGUACAAGAAGAGGUCCAAGACUCAUACAUCUAUAAGGAAAGAGAAGAUUAUUCUUAA